AUGUUCAUUAUCUCCAAAUUUCGGGGUAGGCUAUUUCCCAUUUUGAAUUGUUCGCGAAAUAUCCUUCAGGCUCAUGUUGAUAGUUCUGGGGUGUCAAACUUCAAUGCACGAGAAAAAAUCCUUCAGUUGGCACUUGGGAAUGAGAGCACUUCUAACAAUCCCGAUAUCGAUGUAAUGCUUGUUGGAGCUGAGGUGAUGUACUUUUCUCGAGUACUUAGGACCGAAAAGGCAAUUAUCGUACCGAAGGAGUGGUGUAGUAAUUUGGGAGCUAAACAGACGUUCAAUUCAUCUCCGGUUGCACAGAAAUUAAUGGAAUGCUACAAACCGAACAUACAUCUUGAAAAUGAAACAGAAUCCAUUGCAAAGUCAUUGAGACUCCUUCGCGACUCAUUUCAAAGGGAGAAUAUUCCACUCGUGAUGACAUAUGGCUCUUUGAUAGAAUCACUACGAUAUCAUCGCAGAUCCCCAUUCGAUUCUGACUAUGACAUGUCUGUGAGGCAAGAUGACUGGCCACGAAUCGAAAAAAUUCUGACUAAACAUGCCUUCAAUACCAGUAAUCGAAUGCGGAUAUUUGACCUUAGACCUGCAGCUGCUAAUCUAAAACUAGCAUUGGCUUGUGCGAUAAAUGACAGUUGGCGUGAUCCUACUCUAUGGACUUCAUUUGGUAAUAAGUUAAAAUUUAGUAACGGAUAUCCAGUUGCUCUUAAUUGGGCUCCGUACAAAGCCUUCAUGAGUGAUUGUGGAGUUUAUAUAGACUUUUACAUUAAUGGAUCGGAUAAUGAGCAAUUCAAGGCAUAUCCUGAUGGAACAGUAUUAUAUCGUCCGAUUGAAGGAAUCCUCUUACAAACAGUGAUUAAUUGUCUGCCAUUUCUCGAAAGUGUUUACCAUUCAAGUAUUGAACUAUGUAUGUCCAAAACUGAUUACUAUUGGAAAGGUGAACUUACUAGUUUUCCAGAAUACUGCACCAACAUGUCUGUGCCUUGUGCUUGGUUGGAUACUAUAUAUCCUCGAGUCUACAAAUUUGAUGUACCGGAGAAGGGUUUGAAAAUGGAAGUCGGUUUGGUGAAUACUCUAGAUGGCGAGUGUUUGGUGCGGUCAAUUUUUUACACUCAAAAUAUCGGUUUUCGAUAG